AUGAGUUCUGAUCGACGAAGGCCAGUGGACUGGGAAAGCCUUAUUUCAUUAAAAAUCGACAAUUUAAGUAGCAAAACCAGCACGGACCAGUUGAGGAAAUGGUUCGAUAAAUUCGGAGAAAUCGGCGAUGUGUACAUUCCAAGAGAUCCCUACGGCAAGGAAUCUAAUCGUGGUUAUGGGUUUGUGCGGUUCUAUGAUUAUAGAGAUGCAGAAGAUGCCGCUGAUUCCAUGGAUCGGACAAUUUUAGAUGGGAGAGAAAUAAAAGUGCAAUUAGCCAGACACAAUAGAUCAAAUAAAGCAGACUUUUUAAAAAAUUCUCGACGUAAUUAUCAUAGAAGGUGUGGUAAUAUUUUAUUAACUUAUAUAAUUAUAUAA